GGAGAACAUGGUAUGCCUGCAACAGCCCGAUACAAAACCAGACGUGCAGCGAAAGCCUGUCUGUCUUGUCGGAAACGGAAAGUCAGAUGCGAUUAUGCAACAAAAGGGUCACCCUGCUCGAAUUGUGAUCAGGAUGGCUUCGAAUGCCUGGCUGUUGACAGGAAGAAGCGACAAAGGUCCGCUGUAGGACCUCUAUCUGAAGCAAACACUACUCUCCCAUCUUCGACUUCUGUUCAAACACAUCACGAUGCAAUCGGCACGUCUGCGACUGGUCUCUUGAGGCCUAGUGACGCUACUGUCGAUUCGUUGUCUGCAACUCCAGAGGGAAUUGAGCAAUGCUCAACUCGACGGACACCGUCCUUCUCCAGACACAGAUUAUUGCAUUCGGUCCCCCAUUACGCCUUUUUGAUGCGCCUUUCUCAGCCUCAACGUUCCGAUGCACGGCCUCUUGAGGACAUUGUGCUUCAAUUAGCAUCGGACAAAAACCAAGGAUCGUUUGCUCCCGUCUCAGGAUGCAGUGAGGAUGAACUCCACUAUCUCAAGAAUGUCGGUUGCUUCGAUAUUCCUCCGCCACAUGUCCUUUCGGCGCUGAUUGAUGCUUACUUCACUAUCUUCCACCCGUUCUUCCCUGUGGUCCAGAAAUCCGAGUUUUUACAAUCCAUUAAAUCCAUCGAAGUUUCAAUGACCACCAGUCCAAACGCUGCACAUCACGCAAGCCCGGCUCAAAAUGCAUCUAGUCCUGAGUCGGCACCUCGCAAUUCACACUUGAGUCUCCUGCUCCUCCAAGCUGUGCUUUUCAUAGCAAUUGGAGUUGUGCCCUCUGAGGUCAUCUCGGCCGCGGGAUUCACAUCCCGAAAACAAGCACGCCAUGCAUAUUACCUUAAGGCUCGCCGACUCUAUGACCUCGACUAUGAUGAAGACCCGAUUGCAACUAUUCAGGCCUUAUUGUUGAUCAGUCAAUACUAUCCUUCUAUCACUGAACGGAAGCACACGUGGCAUUGGAUCCACCAAGCUAUAAGCCUGGCUCAAGUUAGCGGACUGCACAGGGAUCCUGGCAAUGUCCCCCAUCGGGCUUUGUGGGCACGAAUUUGGUGGGCAUGUAUCGUACGGGACCGCUGCAAUGGCCUAGGGACCGGCCGUCCUCUCAUGAUCAACAGCCUGGACUGUACCACGUCAAUGCUGGUGCUCGACGAUGUCAGAGAGGAAGGGGAUUCCGAGCAAGAUCUUGAGAUCAAGGCCAUAUUCAUCGAAUUUGUUAAACUUUGCCAGAUCGUUGAAGGCAUUGUCACUCUGCGCUAUUCAAGCUCGGUGACCGAUGCGGCGCCUCCUGAUCAACUCCAGGUCUGCGAAGAUGCCCUAGAACGCUGGAUGCGCUCUCUGCCGCCUCAAGCCAAACGACAAGACCAUCUCCAAGCCGUCUCAGGGAAUAUAGGAGUCGCCACUAUGUAUCGCGCAAUUUUACAUGCAUGCUUGAAUACCAUUCGCAUUGCAUUGUAUCAGUCACUUACUCUGUGGAACGGAGCUGGGGACUGGACUACUACUUGUCAGCAAAAGGUUGAAUUUGCGGCCUUGGACAAUACUCAGCUGUUCACUCACCUCGUCAACCUUGACCUAGUGAGAUUCUGUCCCACAAUCGCUGUUACCUUCACCUUGGCGCCUCUCAUUGUGCAUGUCCUAGGGAUUAGAUCUUCACGAUCGGAAGAAAGACUCCAAGUUCAUAAGAAUCGAUUUGAGCUUUGUAUGAUCUUCUUGCGCCAGCUGCGUGAUAUUUAUUGGCACGCUAUUUUUUACUGCGAAUUUUUCGAGCUGGCCGCUUCAAUCAAGGACCAUCAGUUGAGAACGGAUAUGUCAGAAGCCCAUGAUCCUCUAGCUUCGUUUCUCACUCAGCGCAUCAGUGUCGGCGAUCUCAUGGUGCUUCGACAUUAUCAGAACCUCGGACGGGCUGGCGAAAGAGAUGACCUACCCCUGGCUCAGACAAUAUCACCAAUCUAUCCGAGAGAGUGGCCUUUAAAUGCCAGUGCAGGAAGUCAUGGUCAUGGUAAUCAACGAGAGACGCCAUCGAGUCUAAAUAUAUCGAACCAUUUAUCCGUGUCUGCGGAAUCUGACCAUGUCUAUGUGAACCACAUUGAACCUAUGAACAUGAAUGAAUGGCUAGCGGCGCAUUCGCGUACUGGUCAGUCCAUUCCAUUCGCCUGA